GUUUCCAUGGCGACAGGCGGCGCGGGGCCGGCUCCAAACAUAACGCGCUGUGGAAAACAUGCGCCUCGGGGGACCCCUCCCGCAGCCCCCGCUCGGGGCCGAGCCCUGAGGGGCCCCGGAGCAGUCCAGGCCACGUGCGGAUCUGCGAGAGCCCCCAGAGCCGACCCAGGCGCACGGGACCCCCUUCUCUCCGGCUGCCGUGCCUUCGGGGGUUCUGGGCUCCCCUCCGCCUAGGCGCCCCGACUCUCCGAGGCGCGCCAGGUCUAGAGCCCACCCCCUUCCGGAGCUGCCAGUGCAUCUGGCGGCGGCCGCCCUCCCAGAAGCCCUCGGCUCCGUCCCGCCGCCUCACGGGCCCCAUGAAGCCGCGCCUCCUCCGGGGCCUCCCUCCCCAGGACGCCUCGAGCGACCCGACGGGCGGCGGUGGAGGGCGGGUCCGCGCUGGGGCGGGUAGAAGCGGGGAGGGAGGUGCUUCCGGGACAGAGGGCGGGCAAGAUGGCGGCGCCCAUGGAGCUGUUCUGCUGGUCUGGGGGCUGGGGGCUGCCGUCAGUGGACCUGGACAGCCUGGCGGUGCUGACCUAUGCCAGAUUUACUGGUGCCCCACUCAAGGUGCACAAGAUCACCAACCCCUGGCGGAGCCCUUCAGGAACUCUGCCUGCCCUUCGGACCAGUCAUGGAGAGGUCAUCUCGGUACCACACAAGAUCAUCACCCACCUUCGAAAAGAGAAGUACAAUGCCGAUUACGACCUGUCUGCCCGCCAAGGGGCAGACACCUUGGCCUUCAUGUCUCUGCUGGAGGAGAAGUUGCUCCCAGUGCUAAUCCACACGUUUUGGGUAGACAGCAAGAACUUUGUGGAAGUGACCCGGAAGUGGUAUGCAGAGGCUCUGCCUUUUCCCCUCAACUUCUUCCUGCCUGGCCGCAUGCAGCGGCAGCACCUGGAGCGGCUGCAGCUGCUGUGUGGCGAGCACAGGCCUGAGGACGAGGAGGAGCUGGAGAAGGAGCUCUACCAAGAGGCUCUGGAAUGCCUGACCCUCCUUGCUCAGCGCCUGGGCUCUCACAGAUUCUUCUUUGGAGACGCCCCUGCCUCCCUAGACGCCUUUGUCUUCAGCUACCUGGUGCUGCUGCUACAGGCGAAGCUGCCCAGUGGGAAGCUGCAGGCCCAUCUGCGGGGGCUGCCCAACCUCUGUGCCUACUGCACCCACAUCCUCAGCCUCUACUUCCCCUGGGAUGGAGCUGAGGUGCCACCUCCACGCCAGACACCAGCAGGCCCAGAGACUGAGGAGGAGCCGUACGGCCGCCGGAACCAGAUCCUGUCCGUGCUGGCGGGGCUGGCGGCCAUGGCAGGCUAUGCCCUGCUCAGUGGCAUUGUCUCUAUCCAGCGGGCAGCGCCUGCCCGGACCCCAGACACGCGGGCUCUGGGCAUGGCCGAGGAGGACGAGGAGGAAUGACUGGUCCUCGUGUUCCCAGGACUGAUUUUUCUACUGUCACGCAUUCCAGAGAACCCUGUGUCUCCCCAUUGUUGGUACAGACAGAAAUGGGGUGUCCCCCCAGAAUAAACCUGAUCACACUGA